AUGCAUCUUCUACUACUGCUUUUCUCUUUACUAUGCCUGUCAUCAAGCUCCGCCUCUUCCCUGACGACAGGUCCUGGAAUUCUGGAAAUUCUCAUAGAAUCUGGAGUUUCAACAGACGUUGGAUUCGCUGUGACCUGUAACAAAAAUAAUCAUGUCACUUGGCGUCAUUUGAAGCCAAACACUCCGGAAUUAUUGAUUUUCGAUGAGUUCAAUCAAACCAAUCCCUACUAUCCGAUAGAUAUCACGAUUCACGGCAACGUCACAUCACAUUUAACGAUAUUUUACCCAAAUCAAGGCUUAUACGACAUCGAUUAUUUGCCACUACCGUAUACCGGUUUACAAAUGAAAUACAAGUGUGCUGAAAAUCGGUACGGUAAUAAAUGCGAGCAACAUUGUUCGGAGUAUAGAGAUAACUGGCGAUGUGAUGAACAUGGACAUCAUAAUUGUGCCGAGGGUUACUGUGGAUGGAAUUGUCAUAAAUCUGUCUCGGAAUGUAAUAACUAUUGCAAAUGCCAGAAUGGGGGAAAAUGUUAUCCACAUCUCCUCCUCUCUCCAGAUUAUCUAAUCAUGUGUGAAUGUCCGCCAGGUUACCAUGGAGACUAUUGCGAGGAAUUCAAGUAUUUCGACAGAAAAUUAGAGUUUUCGACGAAUUUCGGACAGAACACGACGGUUAAGAACAAAUUUUCGAAUCGAACCGAUAUUUAUCAGCUAUUCGAAAAAUACGAAAAAGAACUGCGGACAUCCGGAAAUGAGGGAAUUCUGACAUUUUUCGGACCCUUCGAACUCUUAGAAAAACCGGCAAAACUAUGGAUUGUGAUUUUGAUGGUGGCGAUGGCGGGUUACUGUAUCUACAAAUUCUGUGUAGAAUCGGAAAAUGAGGAGAAGCUUCCGGAGACUUCUGGAGAUGAGAAGAAGUGUAUUCUAAUUGAAAUGAAUGAUAUGUGA